GUUAGUUCUAGAAACAAUGGAAGCAUGCCGGGACGAUGCGGUCGCAUGCAUCCAAGUGUAUCUCUGUAUCUCUGAUCGCUAUCGGUAUCGUUUAAAAGAGUAUCUCGCGUGUGAAUACAGCGUGUACGGAUGGAUAUAUACAUGAUGGAAUGCAGUGAAGGAAUACAGUGAAGGAAUACAGUGACGGAAUGCAGUGAUGGAAUGCAGUGACGGAAUGCAGUGACGGAAUGCAGUGAAGGAAUACAGUGAAGGAAUACAGUGUUGGAAUGCAGUGAAGGAUUGCAGUGACGGAAUGCAGUGAAGGAAUACAGUGUUGGAAUGCAGUGAAGGAAUACAGUGUUGGAAUGCAGUGACGGAAUGCAGUGACGGAAUGCAGUGACGGAAUGCAGUGAAGGAAUACAGUGUUGGAAUGCAGUGAAGGAAUACAGUGUUGGAAUGCAGUGUGAUGCAGUGUGUUUUGUGUAUACGUGUGGAUCACGAGCUGUGCUUCGUGUGAUGCGUCGGAGUACCGGCGAUCCGGAGCUCUUGUGCUCCGUGGAGCAUCGACCAAGGAGCUGCCGUUCUAACCUAGCCGUUCUAGGAUAUUUUGGAUGUUCUGCUCUAAAUACAACCAGGAAUGCCAGGAUACGUGUGCAAGGAUCAUCGCCAGGGGACCAUUCAGCGUCGUUCGAAAAUGCAUUCACCGUCACACCGGGCAGAUUUUCGCCGUAAAAAUCGUCGAUGUGGCAAAAUUCACCUCUAGUCCUGGGCUCAGCACUGCGGAUUUGAAACGGGAAGCUACAAUAUGCCACAUGUUGAAACAUCCACAUAUUGUAGAACUGCUGGAAACCUACAGCUCCGAGGGCAUGUUAUACAUGGUAUUCGAAUAUAUGGAUGGCUCUGAUUUAUGCUUCGAGGUCGUAAGACGAGCAACUGCUGGAUUCGUAUACAGUGAAGCAGUUGCAAGUCACUACAUGCGACAGAUCCUCGAAGCGUUACGUUACUGCCACGAGAAUGACAUUAUUCAUCGUGACCUGAAGCCGCAGUGCGCCCUCCUGGCUGGCAAGGAAAAUUCCGCCCCGGUGAAGCUGCGCGGUUUCGGCGUUGCCGUGCAACUCCCGACCUCGCAGUCCAAUGGCGUUGCAUGUUACACGACCGAGUAUCGACAGUGUCUGAGCCCAAAGGGGCAGCUCUACUUGAAGGCCGACAGCGAGGGUCGUGUCGGAUGUCCGCACUUCAUGGCGCCGGAAGUGAUUCAACGGCGACAAUAUGGGAAACCCGGUGACGUCUGGUCGGCCGGUGUGCUGCUACAUGUCCUGCUAACUGGUACACUUCCGUUUGUCGGAUCUCGAGACAGGUUGCGGGAAGCGAUCUGUCGGGGGCGGGUGCAGAUGGAGACAGUACUCUGGGAUCCCAUUAGCGAGCCGGCGAAAGAUCUCAUACAGAGAAUGCUCACGACCGACGUAAAUCAUAGGAUCACCAUCCAGGAGGUUCUCAACCACAAGUGGCUCAGAGAUCGUGAUAAGGGUGCAGCCCGUAUACAUUUAGGUGACACUAUAGACGAGCUUAAGAAAUUCAAUGCGAGGCGAAAACUGAAGGACGCCGUAAAAGCUGCCGUCUCCUCGUCGAAAUGGCACGCUCCGUAUUCAGAAGCUAAUGGCGACAAUUUCUCUGACGUCGGCGAUGACGAGAUAACUACAGGCGCUGUAGCCGAAAUUGUGGAUUGCUUGGAUGACAUUGAGAUUCUCGAGGAAAGUGAUAGACUAUUGCGAACGGACGUACUCAAUGCCGUUGAUGAUCAUCGAAUUCGAGUCGUCUUGGAGCUUUAUGAUAGAAUCUCAGGUCGUGUACCAGCGCCGUAUCGAGCACCGCAAACGGAUGCGGUCCAACGUGCUCGUGAUGUUGAGGAGAUCCUUCGGGAAGCAGAGCAUUCGACGGUGCGAAAUAUCGAUAGAGCCGAUCUUCGAGAACUUCACGAAUUACUGGUCCAGCCGCAUAUGAGGGUAAGUCAUGAUUUUAUGACGGAAGUUUUAUCUACUUCGUGCAAGCAUUUAUCAGGUAAUAGUAUCUCGUAUGCCAUUUAUUGAAUUCAUCAUUUUUCGUUUAUCCUGACACGUAGAAAAAUCAGUCUUUUUAUAUGCAAAUGGCUAAUUGAAUUUUAUAAAGUAAUGGCCUUGCGAAGUUUAUGACGUACAGCGGCGGCGUACAAAUAUAUUAUAUAAUACUUAUGCAUAUGCACGAAAAUUUAUAAACAAGAUACGCGCGUUCCAGAUAUUCCUUUAACGACAUUAAUUUAUGUUUUUAAAUUACAACAAAAUUUCAUAUUGUAUAAUAAUGCUCUUUCUUUGCUUGAGCAUUUUAAUUACAUUAUCAGUAGCAUAGAGCUCAGAGAGAUGAAUAUCAAUAUUAAAUCCUUUCGUAAUAUACGAGGACAAGACUUACAAUUAUUAUUCAGCAGGAAAAAGUUCAUCUCCCACAUUUUGUUGGGAAAAUUUAAUUCGACUAUUAUUUGAUACAAGCUCGUCGCGUUAUGAUUACGGAAUUCAUUUUGGCGAAAACGCCGGGAUAAGCCUCAUACCCGUUGCAUCCUCCAUUUGCACGAAGCUUCCACGAAGCGCGCUCGGUCGAUUGCCUUAUUGAUGAAUAUUCUCCCCGGUCUGUAUCGCAGCAUUAAUGACCAGCUCGCUUGUCGGGUUUGAUUUCUCUUCAAAGAUUUAUGAAGAUUCUUUUCGCCUACGCCAGUUUUCUCUUGUCUGCAGACUUUAUCGUGACGUAUUGUGGUGUUUUGGCAGAUUUCAACAAACGAUUAAUUACAGCAUAAACAAAAUAAAACAUUUGUUGGCCUUUAUUUCCCUUUGACUGCUUGAAUUAAUUGUCAGAAUAGAAUGGAUAUGUGGCUUAUCUCGCUUUUGUGCGCUAUUAUUUAAAUGACUUUUCAAAGAUUUCAAUAUAUUCGUAAUAAUCCACGCUGAUCAUAUAACGGCAGUAAAUUAUGUAAAAUACAGCUCUGUUUAAAACAUUUGGCGCAAAUUAAUCGGGCUAAUUUUAUCUGAUAUUAAUGCAGAAAUUAAUUAAUGAAGCUUGAAGUCGGAAAUGAUAAUUCCAAGAAACAAAUUUACAACUUUCAGUUUUCCAAAACAUGAAAAAAUGUAUUUUUA